AUGGAUGCCGGCAUCCCAUCAUAUCCCCCAUCACGAUCCUUAGCCGGGAAGGCUGCCAUUGUCACUGGCGCAGGCUGUCUAGGCGAUGGCAUUGGAAACGGGCGUGCAAUUUCAAUACUUCUUGCAGAUGAUGGCUGCGAUGUGAUUUGCAUCGACCUCAAUCUAGAGUGGGCCAACAAGACGGUAGAAAUGAUCAACUCCAAGCCUGGUCGUGGACGGGCACUUGCAUUUCGCGCGGAUGUCACCUCGGAAGAGAAUUGUCAAGCAGCAGUACAGGCCGCCAUAGAGCAAUUCGGACGACUGGAUAUCUUGAUCAACAAUGUCGGGAUUGGAGGUGCAGCGGGUACUGCAGUUGAGGUCGAUAUGACGCAGUGGGCAAAGAGUAUGGAUAUCAAUGUUGCAAGUAUGGUUCACAUGGCCAAGUAUGCAAUUCCAAGAAUGAUCCAGAACGACGGCGAGAUCAGAGGAAGCAUUGUGAACAUGGGAAGUGUUGCUGGCCUGAAAGGAGGCACACCUCACCUGUUGUAUCCCACUGCCAAGGGAGCGAUUGUCAAUAUGACUCGUGCUAUGGCCGCUCACCAUGCACCAGAGGGGAUUCGUGUGAAUUGCGUGUGUCCGGGUAUGCUGUAUACGCCCAUGAUGUAUGGGAACGGGAUGAGUGAAGAGGCGCGGGAAGCCCGUCGAAAGCGAAGUCUAUUAGGGACCGAAGGAAAUGGAUGGGAUUGUGCUGGUGCAGUUGUCUUUCUCGCGGGGCCUCAUGCUCGGUGGAUGACUGGUGUGAUUCUCCCUGUUGAUGCAGGGACUACUGCAGCAGUUGGGAUUGGAAUGACAAAGAGUGCGAGUGUUAAUGCCUAG